UGUUCUUAACCAACAUUUUUUAUUAGAAUCCAAGAAAACUAAUUCUAAAGUUCCAAGUCAAUUUAACUUGCCUAAUUAUUCUCCGAUGAGAUUCUUAUUACUUUGAAGGUUCUUAUGGAUAUUCAACAGUUUCUCAAGAGACAAUAAGAUAUGAGAGCACUGAUUCAAAGGGUCCGCAGGGCGCAAGUCUCAGUGAAUGGGGAGAUUGUUUCAAGCAUAGAAAAAGGACUGUGCGUCCUCAUUGGAAUCUGUCGAGACGACGGCCCAGUUGAUUUGGAAUACAUAGUUCGUAAAAUUUUGAAUGUUCGUCUCUUCGACGACGACUCUGGCGUCCGAUGGAAAAGCAGCGUGAAGGACAAACAAGGAGAAAUUCUUUGCAUCAGCCAAUUCACCCUUUAUCACGAACUGAAAGGAAACAAGCCAGAUUUUCACAACUCAAUGGGUCCUGACGCUGCCAGAUCGUUUUAUGAUAACUUCUUGGCAGAAUUGAGAAAACAUUACAAGUCGGAAUUAGUCAAAGAUGGAAAGUUUGGGGAAUAUAUGCAAGUUGAAAUUGAGAACGACGGUCCCGUUACGAUAAUGCUUGAAUCUCCGAACAGCAAAAAUAAGGCUGGAAGUAAAGGAGAGACGGAUAAUGAAUAAAAAUCCAAAAAUUUCAACGCUCUUGAAAUUUUUAUUUU